AUGUGGAUCCUGUCCCGCUGUUUGCGUGGCAUUGCUGUUUAUACGGCGUUAAAACAAGGUAUGUAACAAUAUAUUUUGUUACUUUUAGUACAGAAACUGUAUCAUAUCAAGUAAUCGAACUCUUGCCCUAAUUAAUUCGGACCGGGACAUUUGUUCGGACAAAUCCAACCGUUCAUAAAUAAUAGUGUUUAGUACUUGCUUAUGUCGCGACUAUUUUGCGAAGGAAUAACCUUCCAAAAGACGUGUUUGUUCGCACAGUUACUGAGUGAAUUGAAGAGGUACAAACAAUGCCAAAAUAGAGUGAAAAUAGACUUACCAGUUUAAUUGCGAGUUAUAUGUAUGAUUAGUGAAUUUGGUAUCACAUGUCAUUUACGCAUAAUAUUCCAUAGGCAUAGUAAUUUAUAAUUGUGAUGAAUCUCGAUCAAAAAUUGCAUGUUGCUUCAAAGAUCUAAUUUCACAUUUCGAAGGAAUCUAAACCAUAUUUUUAAUUUGCGAAGUGCGCGAACGAAAGUACGAAUGUUGAGACUUGAGCCACAUGGCUGCACAACAGGAAUAAUAUUCGUGCGUAAUACGAUAGACGUCUUGUCCACAUGCAUAUAUAGAGUAUGAAUUGAAACCAUUGAAUUGCUAAUUUGGAUGUCGAGCUAGCCGGCUGCCUGACUGUUGUGUUCAGGACGGAUGUGUAAAUAAAUAAAUAAUACAUGUCGGCGUCGUACACAUGUUCGGAUGGGAGGUGCCUUGUUUUCUGUAAAUAACAGAAAAACGUUUGGCGUUAUUUUUUAAUAGUACACACGUAUUAAAACCGUGAAACGCACAAGUUGUAACAAACUGCAGCAGACUUGUAGCAAUGCUGUUCCAACAACUUGUCAACAGGAUGUGUUCGCACUGCUUGUUCCCAGCUUGUUAACAAGUUGUCAAUGGCUUGUUGACAACUUGCUACAAAGUUGUUGAGCUCAACAGUCUUGUUACAAGUUGUUCCAACAACUUGUUAUCAUCCUGCAAUUCAACAAUUUGUCAACAAGUUGUGUAGCGACUUGAUAAAAUAACAGCAUUGUUACAACUUGUUGACAAGCUUGCUACAAGGUUGUUGCGAACACAUCUUGUUGACAAGUUGUGAGAUUUUUACGUGUGUAAUGUUAUACCACACUUAGAUUUAAUUGAAACUACAGCAAUUUUCCUUUUCCUGCAAUGUCUUCAUUUUUCCCCUGUGAAAACGUCGAAAACUAGUUGCACAGUACUACAGUAUAGAAAUGAAAAGUGAAACAACAUUUAUUGCAAAUACAUGCAUGAUUUCAUCAGUUUAGCUCUUUGGUUGUAAAGAUUCUUAGCGUAAUUCAACAUUGAGAUUGAGUGCGCUGGAAGAACAACAGCAUGAACAGGUUUAUAAUUUUUUUUUUAUUAUACUUUUAGUAUAACAGUAUUCAGUAUCCAUAGAAAUUCAGUAUCCUAAUUCUGUUUUGCAUAUUAGAUGCCAAGUUGUCUAUGCGCGCAGGCUAAUUUUAGAGUUUGUAAAUAAACACAAGCGCGCAAUAUAUCACGGUUGAUGCUCAUUUUAUAUUUACAGUAUUUUUUAUUAUUAGCUCUUUAAACCAUAUUUUUAUUGUAAACAUGAAAUUUAUUUUAUUCUAGUUGUAACUGACUGUAAUGCAUAUAUCGAAUUUUAAUUUGCACACGAUAAAUAAUAAUUAUUACUUGUUGCCUUUUUAAUUUUUCAUUUCUUAGCAUUGGUAUACAUCACAUCAGGGCGCUAACAAAUUUGAGGGGCAGCCCACUGAUCUCUAUUCCCAACUGCAGAAGGAACGAGGCAGGGGCAGCCCCUUGGGGCAGCCCCUUGGGGCAGCCCAGGAAGUUAUCAAAUGCGAACAUCAAAAAGUCGGUCCUGGAACACCCCCCCCCAAUGAUUUUGUUUGGAAUGUGCGCCCCUGCUAGCAUUCUAGGUAUAAACAACUUAAAACAACGGAAACUUGAAACAAAGACUUGUGCUGUUGCCGUGUCAACGCCUUUUACUUCUUCCGCUAUCAAAUUAAAACAGCCUUUAUAAAAAUUUCUUUUGCAAUCAACAAGUCCGCUACUUUUGUGUAUAGUUAUGAAAACAUAGCGACGGAAUUAACGAUCCUAAAUAUAUAUGUAAUUGCCACAGUUGCUGGGGGGUAAACACGGGAAAAGUGUGUUUGAGAGGGGCUUUUGAUAAGUCUAUUUACAUAAAUAAUAAAGUCUGUGUUUUUGAAGCAUUAUACAAACUAUUAAAAAGACGUCAUUAAACAGAAGCCUUACAGUUUAAUACGCCUUUGAUUACAGCCUUGCAUAUUAUUCCCUGGACUUAGGACUUCUUUAUGGUGAAAGAAGAAAUGCAGUAAGGUAACUGAUAUGUUUUAGUAUAUAGAAAGUUUUACUGUAGUGUUGGUUAAAAUGGUUGGCUAAAAUCUGAUUUCUGAGUUAUAUAAGCUGACGCGUGGUCUGUGUCUGAAGUACCUGCAAAGAUUAAAAUACUUCAACUAGUUUUCGCCUGCUAACUUCGAGACGAAGGACCGUAGCUCAAAUCCAUCUUUUUCGGGCAGUUUAGACAUAAACUACAACAGUUUAUUGUAGAAUACUACGCACACUGGACCACUACGUUUGAGAUACUGUUACAGAGAGCUGUUUUUUGCGUUGCGGUUGAGGCCUCGAGGCGCUUCAUUCCUGGUUUUGGAUCAGACAAAAUACAUCUUUGUGCCAAAUUUUCAAACGUGGGUCUGAGUAUAGAUGUGGUGUGGUAUUGUGAGCUUUAUAUAAAGAAGAAUAGCUGAAUAGGUUUCUUUUACUGGGCGUUACUUGAUCUCUGGAGCCGGUUGUAUAAAACUCUUAACUAUUUUUAACCACUAUUCGUAGUCAAAUAGUGGCCAACUCUAAAAUACGCGAUUUCGGUUGGUUAGCAUUCGCACUAACUGUAGUUACCUACGUCUAUCUUUUUGUGCAACAUUGCCCAGAUUGCGAGCAACUGCUAGGAAUGUUGACAUUACUUAUAGACGCGGAAACAGAUUAAGAAAGCUUUGGCAUUGAUACGGGGAUACAUGCAACUACCUGAAAACUCGAAUAAUAACACCACUAUUUCAAGCUAACCAAACAGUAUUAAGUUGAUACGAUCAAUAAUAGUCUACAAACGUUCUUUACAAUCGUUUAUUUGAAUGAUUUUAUUCUGGUCGUUGUUUUACAUCGUGAGGUCUCUGUACUGGGCACAAACCGCGUUCAAGAUUGGAAACAGUUUAAACUACAUCUUUUUAUUUGCCACCAAAUAUUAAUUUAUUUAGACUAACACAAGGAACUUUUUUUUUACUCUGGUGUUACAUGUUGACCAGCAACGAUAGAGCGUAGUGAAACUCGUCAAUAGACUCAUCUCUCGAGCAAAGCCAAAGGGCGUUCGUCAUAAGUGUAUAACACUUCUAAAGAAGAGUCUUUCCUCUCGACAAUAUCGGGUUUCGUGCGUCAUGCUCGAUGCCUUUCGCUAAGCAGUGAUUAUCGUACGUGCAGCAGAUGUUGGUCAACCUGCACUUAUCAGAGGAAGAAAAUGUUUAUCCUUUUCAUUAUGUGCAGUAUAUGGUCUUGUAUUUGGAGGCAAAUGGAUGAAAUUAAGAGCCGUAGGCGUAGUUUAAUUUCCUUGCUCCAGCCUCCUGUAAAGACCGAUUUACAUUACACAACUUUUGCCUAAAACUGUCACAUGCAACUUGCUUACAACUUGAGUUGUACUGUGUGAAUCAAACACGCAACUCACCCAUGACAACGUAAGUAAGUUGUGUGCUUGAUUUACACAGUACAACUCAAGUAGUAAGCAGGUUGCACGCGACAGUUUUAGGCAAAGUGUAAAUCGGCUGUCUCGUCCCCAGGCGCUAUAAAAAAACAUACGAGUCACUAUAUCAGAAAGGUUUACAUAAAGUAGUGCGUCAUUAUAGGCGCGCAGAGGGCGAUGGGAUAUGAGCGUUCUGCCCCUGCGCUGCUCGUCCGAAAUUGCUAGCUAGAGUUUAAUUCCUGAAGAUUGGCGUGUAUUUAGAAAUAGGCUUUAAGGGAUCCUGCUUGAGAUUGAUAGGGAUACAACUAUCUGAAAAAAUAGAGUAGGAGAACUUCGUCGUUUACGGACGAAGCGCCUUCGCUCGCAACGUCGAAGUUCUCCUUGUAUUUUUCAGGUAGUUGUAUCCCUAUCCAUCCAAAGCUUGCUUAUUAUUGCCACUACCUACUCUGACACAGACAGUUCAACAUAAUAUCUAAGGAGUCCUUUUUAUCUUAAGACUGGCACAAUACUUGAGCUCCUGUACAUGACAUGCAUCAAGGCGUUCACAUAUUUUGAUAUAAAGACUUUUGUGUUCACAUUGUGUUUGAAAGUGGUUUGUUUUGCCACAAAUGUUACUCGUGGCAUACUUUGUGAUUACAGAGACUUCGAUAAGGUGGGCGUCUUAUUGCUGGCUUGGUGCAUGAGUCUUAGCCGUCAGAGGUUCGCGAUUAAUUCUGCAAUAUUGUCUGAUUAUAAUUUCAGUCACAUGUGAGAAGAGUGCUUCCAGUUUGACUAUCAUGCCAAACAUCGCAAGCACUCUCCAGAAAUUCCGGUGUUCCUCCGGGGUUGUUUUUUUUCAUGAGUGGAAAAGAUUCUUCGGGACUUCUCGUAAACAACACUGAAACUUACCUAUGACCUCAAAAUAUAUACUGGACUAAUAUAAUUUAUAAGUCUCAGUCUCUUGCUUGCGCGGUCGUUUCAUUAUCUGUGCAGUGGCCUCAUGUGGACACAAUCUAGCCGUAGUGUACUUAUACAGUGGAUUAAUUAUAUUUUAAUCUAAGAUUAAGCUGAACGGUCAAUUGAGGUCAAAUCCUGAUUGCAGCUAAUACGCUUAAUGAAAUAAUCUAUUGCUUUAUAUAAUAGUUGACUAUUCAAUUAUGAGGCCACUUGCCAGGGCAUCAACUAUUUCGCUCACCUCAGAAUGACAUUUCGUCAAAACGUUUUUCUUCAAGAUUGGUUUAGAAACAAAUUUGGAGUAGGGUUAGGUUAGGGUUAGGAUUAGGGUUAGGAUUAGGGUUAGGUUUAUGGUUAGAGUUGGUGUUUGGAGUAGGGUUAGUGUUAGUAAAACUGCGUUGCUUUGUUACGUUUUGUCACUUUGAGGCCAGCGAAAUAAUCUCUUCCACUUGCCAGGGGCUUGCUCAAGGGAGGGGUUUGCAAAGAAAUAGUCAACUAUUAACUAAAAGGGGAGGGUUUAAGCCACAGGGGGCGUGUUGGGCUUAACUAAGUGAGAGGGGGUCCAAUGAGAAUAUUCACGAAAAAAUCGAAAUUUAAAAAUAUCAAAAUUGACAAGUAAAAUCGUCUGGCGUUAGACAGAGUGGUAUAAUGAAAUAUAUAGGGCACAUUGUGGCACAAUGUGUUAACCUUUAGCAAUAAGUUACAGAAUAUGGAAUAUACAAUCUAAUUGUGCACUCAUUUUUCGAAAUAAUAUAAAUGCUGAAAUAUAUCUGUUGAAACUGUCAGCCGGCCGAUGAUUGUGAUAAAUGAAGAUGCUUCUAUGAAGAUAAUGCAGAUGCUUCUUAGAUAGGGGGCUUUAGAUUAGCUUAUUACAUGUGAGGGUUUUAAUGGAGCAUUUAUCGUAAUAGUGCCAGCCAAUCUUUUCUAUAUUUAGUUCUAAAUCGGCUCGACUUAAGUGGCGCACACCACUGCACUUCCCUUGAGCUAAAAGAACUGUAAAUACUUUGAUAUUGAGCGAUUAGCUAAUUGUAUGCUAAUUUUUAUAAUUAUCUAGCUUUGUAUAGAGACGUGAUGACUCAUUGAAGAUUUUACUGGCAAUUUUGGGCUUUGGAAGUCAGUUUAUCUCUGAAUCAAAGUAAGUAGAAGAAUAAUUAACUUUAUGAAUUGAUAUUUUAAGAUUUAAAUAGUGUAAUUUGGGUUCAAAUCCGUCGUAUUUUUAUACAUAUUGUUGUGUGAAAGAAUUUGUGUGGGUGCCAUAUGUUGGUCGCUAGAGAACAAUUAAUACCAAAAUAUAAAACUUUAUAAAUUUCGUUUUUUCUCAGCAAAAUUCUGUAUAAGAUAAGCUGGAAUAUGUUUGGAAGGGUAUAGUGAAGGUUUCUUCAGCAAUAUCGGGUGUUACUUCAAGCCACUUUUGUGUUUUAAAUAUUGUUUUUGGUUUGAAGUUCAUCGCGUGAUCGUUAACGGAAAUGUUGACUCUUCUGACUCUUCUAUCUUUUCGUGUCCUCCGCAGCGUAUGGCGAUAUUUUUAUCGCUUUUCUUUAUCAUUUUCUUAACAUACAAAGACAGGCUGGACCAUCUAUAUUGCAGCUAGUUGGUAGCUCUAAGCUUCACUAAUUAAGUGGACAAUAUAGCUACUUGAAGUAUAUGUCCAAUUGUGUAGGAUUUUUUAGGUAUUUGCUGAAACAAAUAUAUCAAAGUCAUAUCAGUUAGAUGCAUGCUUAUGAACGCCACGUGUAGAAUCAUACAUGCUGAUUCACAAGAUUCAGUAUAGAAGCGCCAUUUGCCCUAAUAAUUUGUAGUAUAGCAUUGUAAAAUUAGUACGUUAACUUUUCUCUGAGGGGCAGUUGCCCCUGCUGGCUCCCCCCCCCCCCCGCUCAACCCAGCCCUGUAUAUGGAACCGAUAACCAACAGCUGGCGUGUCAUAAAUGCAACUAUCUGAAACUCGAAAAGUCGGCGUUGUGUUUCUGAUGCACGGAACGUUGUUGAACAUUUAAAACGUGACAAGACCGCCUUUUCUUUGUCAAAACCGGCAUACGGAAGUAUAUUUUGUGCACUCUUAUCACGUUUUCCUUGACGGCACUACAGAUGAACAAAUUUUCCUUGUUCUAAAGCUGAACUAUAUAGCUUCGACUGUCAAUCUCUUGCCGUACCCACGAGUAAAUAAAACGCGCUGUGGAAACUUGCUUGAACGAUUUUGUUCGUUGCCAGUCAUUCGGGGAUAGAUCGGAUACAUCGUGCAGGGUUAACUUAUCCCUAGCUUAACACCUUGAAACUGCAUGUAAAUUGCUAUGAUGUAUCAAUCCACAUUCGACUAGCUUUCAACGAACGUUUCUUUUCCGAAAAGUCCCUAAGGGUUGUUCAUAUGAGAUGGGGCAGACCAGCUAGCCCAGCUAUCGUGGCAUGAAAAUAUUUUCCUAACCAUAAACGAUCCUUUGAAUGAACCUUAUACUGGAAUCAAACUGAGCUACAGUAAUUCAACUUUGAAAUGGCAUUUUGGAUGUCUAUGAAAGCCAUGAUAUGAUAAGAGGUUUAUUAAACGAAUCAUCCUUUUUAAGGCACGUUUACACGCUGCGAUUUGUCCGGCCGAUUCAGCUUUAAUUAUAAAUUAUACUGAUUUAAAAAAUACGCUGCCAACAUCACAGAAUAGGAAGGUAUACAUCACAGAAUAGGAAGCUAUACCUUCCUAUUCUGUGCCAACGUCAUCUGGUGACAUCGUCAACUGACGACAUUCGUCAUUAACAUUCGGCAAAACCUGAAAUCGGCUCGAUUUAAUUGCAGCGUGUAAACGUACCAGUCCCCUAGUGAACAUUGUUUGGCCUCAAUGUGUUUUGAUUGCGUGACUUCAGCCAGUUUCAACAAUCAAUUAGUAGUUUCGAUGUUCAAUUUAAUUUCAUGCCUGGUAGCUAUAAACUGGUACAAAGCAAUUAAAGUUAUUUGGAAAGUAAGAACUCUUUGCUGUUUCAACGCUACAUCAUGCUGUGUCGAGUUGAAUAGAAGAAUAAUGGGCGGGUCGUAAUAUAUGAAUAUAAUGCUCUAUCUCUUCGAGAAAAAAGGACUAUUUGUCACUCACUGGUCUUUCAGUGUUGCUAUACAGCAGUUGCCUGCGGUGGUGUGUGAUAAAGCCGUCAAACGGUCUAUCAGUUCUGAACUAUUCUUCCAGUAAGGGUCGUCUCUUAUUGAUCCAGUGUUACUACAGGAGCAAACCUGAACUAAAAUAACUUUAUUUAUAUACUGGAUAGUUCUAUCAGUUCUAAACUGUUCUUCCUAGAGGUCCAGUAAGAAUCAUCUCUUAUUGAUCCAGUGUUACUACAGGAGAAAACCUAAACUAAAAUAACUUUAUUUAUACUGGAUAGCUUUAUCAGUUCUAAACUGUUCUUCCUAGAGAUCCAGUUUGAUCCAGUAAGGAUCAUCUCUUAUUGAUCCAGUGUUACUACAGGAGGAAACCUAAACCAAACUAACUUGUUCUUUCUAACGUGUUCUUCCGAGUGGUACAGCAGUGGCAACUUCCUAAUUGCUCCAGUGUUAUUCGAGAGGAAAUGGGAGUAUCCGGAGAAAUGUGCUUGAUAUAGAGUAAAAACUGGGAGCACUCUUCUCACAUCUAAGUGAAAUCAUAGUCGAACAAAAGUUUGCCUUCAGGCAGAGGUCGAAUACUGGUCAACCGAGAUCACAAAUCUUGAACUGUCUUGAAAUAUAUUUGGAUAAGGCCUCACUGCCUUUCUUGGAACGUCCAAUCCCCUUAAAAGGCAUUAAUUCCUGAUUUGUUUAAAAAUAUAAGCCUCUUACGUGAAAUCCUACCUCUAUAUAAAUUCAACAGUCGCCGAAAUCAACUUCAGUGUUAAGCUACUAGAAAAACAGAUCAACUGAUAUUUUCAGAAAUUUUUUAUCCAAAUGUAAAUAUCUGACUCAGUUGUUGCCUUUCAGGCUGGUCUAGUGCAGUGUCGAUUUACUUAAAUAUCCUUGCUGAACUGUUUUUCCUUAGACAAGAAGGUACGUUUAAUCUUUAACAGUGUAAAUUUAUUUAUGUUGAAUUGCUCUGCUAAUUGUAAACGCUACUGGUCCCCAUAGAGAUCCAGUAAAUAAGGAUCAUCCCUUAUUGCUCUGGUGUUGCUACGGAGGGAAACCUAAACUAAACUAAGUUUAUUGAUACUGGGUUGCUCUAUCAAUUCUAAACUGUUCUUCCGGUAAGAGGUCCAGUAAGGAUCAUCCCUUAUUGCUCUGGUGUUGCUUCAGGAGGAAACCUAAACUAAACUAACUUUAUUUAUACUGGGUAGCUCUAUCAGGUCUAAACUAGUACUGUUCUCCCUAGAGGUCCAGUAAGGAUCAUCUCUUAUUGAUCCAGUGUUACUACAGGAGGAAACCUAAACCAAAUUAAGUUUAUUUAUACUGGGUAGCUCUAUCAGGUCUAAACUGUUCUUUCUAGAGGUCCAGUAAGGAUCAUCUCUUAUUGAUUCAGUGUUACUACAGGAGGAAACCUAAACCAAAUUAAGUUUAUUUAUACUGGGUAGCUCUAUCAGGUCUAUAAACUGUUCUUCCUAGAGGUCCAUUUAAAGCUAUCCCUUUAUUGUUCCAGUGUAAUUCGAGGAGGAAACCGGAGUACCCGGGAACAACCUGGAGUGUUUUGUGAACGAAACCGGAAGCACUCUACCCACAUGUGAUUGAACUAAAAUUACAAUCAUCCAAUUGUAUAUUGCUGGAGUUGAACCUCUGACACAGAGGUGACACUAAACGUUGAGCUACCCACCGCCCAUCUCUGAGGGUGUGGGUUCUACUCUCGCCACCCAGUGUUCUCCGGGUGUACUCCGGUUUCCUCCCGCAGGGAAAGGAAGUCAAGAGCAGUUUUAUAUUUUAAAAAGGAACUACAAUAUUGUUUAAUAAUACUCUACAGCUGUUUUUUGUUAAUUGGUUAUAUGACGUUCCAAAUAUUAAAAUGUUUUCAUUUCCCUAGACGAGUACGGUCUUGUUAAAAUCCUUGAAAUCCUCUAUCAGAUUAUUCCACAUCCUGGAAAGAAUUUAUAG